AUGUCUCGGCCUCUGAUUGAUACUCACCAUCAUUGGGUAAAGGACUUCUAUACCAAGGGUAGAACAUACCAUUGCAUGAACAUCGUACACAAGCUGACGGCACCUGGCGCAUGCAUCGUCAAGAGCCGAGAAGGACGGAGCAAACUGGCGCGACAGGCGAACGAGUACUGUGCUAAGAUCCGUGACGCCGAGCCAGAUAAAUACGGCUUCUUCGCAUCCCUGCCGUCGCUCAUGGAUAAGCAAGACGCUUUGGACGAGAUAGCAUAUGCCCUCGACACGCUGAAGGCCGAUGGCAUCACGCUGUUCACCAGAUACGGCCAGGACAAUCACUAUCUUGGACAUCCUGACUUCAAAGAGAUUUGGGACGAGCUGGACCGUCGUGAGGCCGUCGUCUUCGUCCACCCAACGCAUCCAGUCGACACACACCUUGUCAAUCCGGAGAUGCUACAGCCAAUGCUGGUCUACCCAUUCGAGACAACACAGACAGCCGUCGAUAUGAUGCUGAACGGCGUCAUCCAAAGCCACCGCAAAGUCAAAGUAAUCCUCUCGCGCGCAGGAGGCAUGUUACCCUGGAUCGUCACUCGCCCAGCAAGUAUCUGGCCCAAUGGGUCAGACGAGCAGAAGAAGUUCCUUGAUGGGUUCAAGAGGUUCUACUACGACACUGCCAUUUCGCUCAGCCCGAGCGUGCUCGGUCUUCUGGAAGGGUUCGUCAAGUCGGGACAUCUGGAGGCUGAUCAUGUUUUGUUUGGUUCGGAUUAUCCGUAUGCGAGUCAGACGAUUAUUGCGAAUCAUACACCGGGGCUGGAGAGUUAUUCUUUUGAGAAGAGUGAGCUCAUGGAUGGGAUUGCGUAUAAGAAUGCGCUGAAGUUGUUCCCGAGUUUGGCGCAGUAUAUCAAGACAGAAUAA